UCCUCCCAGAUCCCGUCGGUUUGAGUUGAGAGGGAGCGCGCAGCAGCAGCGGUAGCGGCGCCGGAGCACAUGCUGUUAUCAGAUACAGCCGGAGUUUGACAAACCCGCACAACGCAUACGCACAAGAUGGCGGAUUCUGACUCGUGGGACGCGGACAACUUUGAGCCCGAUGAGCCGCUUAAAUCCACGGCGGCGGCGGCGGCGGCUGGGCUGCAGGACAAGUGGGAAGGCGAGGACGAGGAAGACGACGUGAAGGACAAUUGGGAUGAUGAGGAAGAGGAAAAGAAGGAGGAGGCUAAAAAUACAGAGGUGAAGGCUCCAGAGAAGAAAAAGCUGAGUGCCAAAAUCAAAGAGAAAGAAAAUGAGAGGGCAAAGAAACAAGAGGAGCUAAAGAAGAGGUUACAACAGUCCGAGGCUGAUGUGCAGCUCACCCCUGAGGAGGAAGCUGCAGAGAAACUUCGUGUACAGAAGAUGCAGGAAGAGUCUGAUUUGGCGCUAGCACGGGAAGCUUUUGGUGUUGACUCUGUUACAACAAAUAGUGCCUCUGGAAUUGAAGCCAUGCAUCCUUCAUCGAAAGACGACUUUGUACUUUUUGAGAAGUUGCUGAAAAACAAGAUAACACAGUUUGAGAAGUCUGUGCAUUAUUCCAACUUUUUGGAGUCACUGUUUCGGGAGCUUUGUAUUUCAUUGGAAAUUGAUGAUUUAAAGAGAAUCAGCAAUUCUCUGUCAGUCCUUCUCUCUGAAAAACAAAAACAGGAAAAGGAAAAAACCAAAGGCACUAAGAAGAAAAAGAAAACCGUUCUUGCUGGCGGUGGUUUGAAAGCGAAACAGAGAGAUGACCUUGAUGCUUAUGGAGAGUUUGACGGCGGCUACAAUGAUUACGAGGACUUCAUGUGACGAAGGCUAAACCCAACCCCCUGCCUUGUCGUUACCUUCCUGUUUGCCUGUACCCAAACCACCUCUGAGACAUGCAGCACCCUGACUACUUCUGUCAUAUUUAUCAGUGCCAUCCAAGAGUAAACUGAACACUGUGUCAGCCCUUUACUUUUGCUUCAGUGGUCAAAUCAACUCUUAGUGAAGCUGCUAUCACCAACAUUGCCCUUUGGUGACAAAAGGAAAAUAUAUCAGAUUGCCUUGUAUUUACAACUCUGCCUCCAACAAAGACUUUAGGAUAUGAGACAUCUUUGCACACGUGUGUCUUCUCUGAUUGGCCUAAAUAAGAAUUACAAUGCCUUGUAAAACAUAUUAUUGAUGAAAGUUGGAACUAAAGGCUGAUGGUGUUAACUUCUGUGCAGUUGUAUUUUAAAUAGAAGCAAAUGUGAUAUUCUAUGCAAAAACAAAUUGUGUACGGAAUGUCUAGCCUGAAAGUUCGGAUAUUUUACUCUUUUUGUGGAUGAAUCUGCAGAAUAAUACAUGGUAUCUAUAUCUUUGAUUGGCGGUAGUCAAUAACGGCAACAUCAGGUGUGAAUCAUUUAACUCAUUUUACAACUUUUACAACUUUCUAUAAAGAUCAGUCUAUAAAAGUCAAAUGUUUUACAGUAGACACUACACAAAGAGUAUGGUGGUACACUGAUUUAAAAAGGGAUAAAUAAAUUAGAGAGAAAAUGGCAUUUUCUAGUAAAUGCUGAAAAAUUGUUGGUAAUCAAUUUUCAAAUAACCUUCAGGUGCUGAAGGUUUCAGAAUAUGCCAUUGCUUUUUUUUUUUUUUUUUGGGCUCACUUAAGUUUACUUUGCUCUCACGCUGGUAGAUUUAAAUUACUACUAAUGCAGGAAUGUGGGGCUAAGUCUUGUGUUAUAGCUUCUGCAAGCUUGUAUCAAGUAAGAGAAGGAGCAAGCUCUCUAGCCAGAGCGGCUAAAUGUCUGCUCAGCAUCAGCAUUUGACAUCUGAGGUUUCUUUUUCUUUUUUUAUAACAAAUUGCAAAGAUAUGCUCUACAAAGUAUAAACAUUUGGUCAAAAUGACUGACAAAACUCCAGCAGUGUUUUUUAAGAAUCUAAUUUAAUAAAAUCAUUGGUUGAAAGAAAUUCCUUUAGUGUUUUUUAUUACAAUGGAUUUGAAAACAAUUGUAGUUACAUUUCACAUACGCAGAUCAAAUACACUUGAUACGUUUGGUGUUCUGUGAGCUGGAAAUGCUAUCUACGAAAUAAAUAUUCCUUUAUUUACAGUUUCAAGUACAUAUUUAUCACAGUACAAGUGAAUAGAAUGUAUAUGAUCAGAAAUAGCAGUCAUUUAAGGUCUGUGUUCCUGGGGAAAGACCAGCUACUUCAUAUGUUUUCUGAAAAAUACUGCUGAUGUUCUUCUUUUUCUUCAUAAAUUGUGUAUUUUCAUUAAAGAGUGGUUCUGA